CGUCGCCCGCAAGUUGUCAAGCUGUGGUGCUGUUGAAAAUGACGAUGAUGGCCUCGAAUACUUGUUAACUCCUUUAAUUUGUAAUGCCGUUUAACUCUUUCCCUAUGGUCACCAAGCCCAUGAUGGGUUAGGCCAGGCCCACAAUCGGUGGUAACGGAUGGGGCCCGACAUAUCUUAUUCUUGGAGUUUUAUGAAUUUAUGACCAGGACGAAUUCGAUUCCGGGUCCUCAGCGUGAUAAGCUGCUACCUUAACUGCCUCACCAUCCGGCUGUCGGCGGUAUGUUUUCUAUUUUUUAAGAAUAAAUUAUAAAAAAUUAUUUAAAUAUUUCUGAAGUAUCUUCAAUAGCAUAAUUAAUGAAAAAACUAGUUUCAGAAUCGUGGUGUUACGGAGAAAAUAAAUAAGAUGCUGGACUCCUCCAAAUGUUAUCUGAAUGUUGCUUAUACAGUCUGUCUAUAACGGAACCUCAAGGGAGCGAACAACUCUUCCGUAGUAGACAGGUUUUCGCUAUAUACAGAUUCCGUUAUAGACCUGUUUGACUGUAUAAUAAUUUGGACGAAUUAAUGAAAAACGCAUUGCUAGAAGAGAGUAAUGGUAAGCCAAAAGUCAGUUAAACCGCCUAAUCAAGGAUAAUAACGUGUAGUUAUUCUAAAACCUAAAUUCGAUUGUACUUCUGCCAAGUGACUUGUGACUUCAUGUGCACUGAUCUCAAUGCAAGUUAGGAGGCACUGAUUGCAGAAUGAUUUCAGGAUGAUCUACCUGUAAGGUUUACAGGUGUUUUUUGGAGAUUAAAGCGUAAUACAUUACAUUUAAUUGCGAUUGUUAGUUAAUUAUUGAUUGCAAACAAAUUAUCCUUUGCUUUACUAAACAUAUUUCUCUUGGUAACGAAAAAGAAUAGUAUACUUUUUCUAACUUUCCGGGUCCACCAGCGGCUAAUCGGUUUCAUUCCCUGAACACUGGGAGAUCGGUUGUGGAUACGUGGCCAGAAGUAGCUGUCCAUGUGGAGUUUUCCAACUUUUCUCCACGUCUGUAAUACCUGAAUAAAGGCUAGUUGCUGUUAAAAAAAUCUCCCGGAAGACAUUCCCCCUAAGCAGAUCGCCUAAAUGUUGCGUCGUCUUAACUUAACAAACAAGCUAACUUAUGAGACGUAAUUCUUUGUUUAACAAUAGUCUUUUGUUUCAUAUAGUACGAAUUCGCGUAACACGGAACAUAACUAUAGUGUUAUCGAGGACUACCUGCAUGCUGUAGAUCAGGGCUUCUUAAACUAUGGGUCGCGACCCCAUUUGGGGUCACUUAGAGAAAUCUUGGGGUCGCGAGAUUUUAAUGCAAAAUUUUGAAAAUAAUUUGUGAGUUUGAAAAUGAGUUUGAAAGUGAGGCAUGCUUUGUGUCAUAAGUUUCGUGAGUUGCGCUUUGUGCACUUCUAAAGCCCUGGUCACACUAUGCGAUUUCUAGCCGCGCAGGCGACUGCAACUGCAACAAGCGCGAGUCGCGCGCGUCUUCUCGUGGUCACACAUUGUUCGUUGACGCUGCAACUCGGAAACACGUGACCCUAUAAUAAGCCAAUAAAAUUACAGUAGCUCGUUUUUGACUACCUUCGUGAGUUUACCUCCAUUUUACGUUCUAAUUCAGAGUAUUUAACGACAUUUUAGCCACUUUUCUUAUUAAAAUGGCAAGCAGUUCCUUUUCUGGAAUGAAUAAAAAAAAGAAGGCGAUAAUUUUGUUAGAGCUGGCAAGAAUAUACGAAGAGAAAAAUAAUAAAAAACGUUCAUGCUGGGUUAAAACUUGGAGAAAUGAAAUUCAACGAGCCAAACAAUCUUGCUUCCACCAGCUGAUGAACGAAUUAAGACUUUCGGAUGCCGAAGGUUAUAGGGGAUAUAUUCGUAUGGACACGAAUACUUUCCAAAGUAUUUUAAGGAGGAUAACACCCAUAAUAGCUAAAGAAGAUACUCAUCUUCGAAGUUCUAUUUCACCCGGAGAACGUCUUUCGUUGAUACUUCGUUAUUUAGCUACCGGCGAAACGUUUCGUAGUUUAGCAUACCAAUUUAGAGUGGCGCAUAAUUCAAUAUCUAUUAUUAUCCCAGAAGUUUUGGAUGCUAUUUAUCAAUCUUAUAAAAGUGAAUAUUUGAGGGUACCAUCUACAGUAUGUGAAUGGGAAGAUAUUGCUAGGGAAUUUGAUGAAAUGUGGCAAUUUCCUCAUUGCCUUGGUGCAAUAGAUGGAAAACAUGUACAGAUCAUAUGUCCUAAGCAAUCUGGAUCUGCUUAUUAUAACUACAAAGGAUUUUAUAGAGUAGUUAUGAUGGCAAUAGUAUGUGCAGAUCUUUCAUUUAUAUAUGUGGAUGCAGGCACUAAUGGGAGACAGAGCGAUUCUUCAAUUUGGAAUGCAUCAAAUCUGAAGAAAGCUAUUGAUGAUGGAAAGUUAAACUUUCCACCAGAUAGUCCUCUUCAAAGUGGAGGACAGCCAAUUCCAUAUGUAUUUGUUACUGAUGAAGGAAUUGGUAUGUCUUCACGAGUACAUACCAAUGAGGCCUUAUCCAAUGAAACAGUUGACAGCUGA